GUGCAUGGUGUACGCAAAUGUUACAGUAUCAAAGGCAUUAUCUGAACCUCACCUUGUUAAAUAAAAUGCAGCUUUUCAUGAUAGCCUAACCAGAUUGCUGCUGCUGUUUUUGCAGGGGGCUGGAAUGUAAUCCUCAUGAUCAUUACAUACUUGUUCGAUAAUAGUAUACCCCGGUCACGUCUCCCUGCAAGUGCAUUUCACUGGAAUCACUGAGCAGAAGCAAAGAAGAGCUGAUGAUAUGUGCUGCCGAAAAAGGUUGCGGGAGCCCUGUAUUUUCCACUGACUGCAGUUUUCUGUUUUAUUUGCAGCUUCUCCCAUCUGGAAUAUCAAAGCAGGAUUGAAGUAGAUAAUUGUUAGCAGCGGGUUUAUGUGAGAGAGACUGCAGGGAACAGAAUGCCUCGCGCACAGCACAAACUGCUUCGUCUGAAAGAACUAUGAAUAGAUGAUUUUUAGAUGUUACCCACAUCUAAUGCUCCUGGAAACUUUACAGUGGAAUGAGCCAUUGCGCCCAGUUCUUUAGUUAACAACCAAAAGGGGCAAGAAGGGGGACGCAGGGCUGAACAACGGGACACCUUGUCCUUGGAUUUCUCACAGAAAAGCUAGCAAAUGUUUCCCACCUCCUUCAAGUGAAAAGAGCAUGAAUGCUACAGUGAACUGAAUUCUACCCAACAGAGCUUAAGUAAGCUUUUUUCACAAGGAUGGGAUACAGCGACCCCUCGUCAAGCAGGGAUUUGCUGGGGAACAGAACUUUGUUCUUCAUCUUCAUCUGCACUUUUGCUGUGGUCACUUUGCUGCAGCAGAUACUGUAUGGGAGAAACUAUCUCAAGAGAGGGCUGCAGUUUAGCUGGCAGAGUGGAGAGGAAUUGGCAAAUUGGACCGGGACCUUUAAUUUCACGGAUGAUGGAGCAAUGAAGAGUGGCAGUGACACAGGCACCAGGUACUUUGAGUUUUAUGAAGGGCCUUUGGAAUACAACUCCACCAAAUGCCUGGAAUUAAGACAGGAUAUCAUUGAGGUGAAAGUGCUCUCUAUGGUGAAGCAAACCGAAUUGUUUGACAGGUGGAAGAGCCUACAGAUGUGCAAAUGGGAGAUGAAUGUGACAGAAGCCAACCUAUUCAAUUCAUUUGACAGGUCAACGUUGUCAAGAUGUUGCAAUGCCCCUGCCUUUCUGUUCACCACACAGAAAAAUACUCCCCUGGGAACUAAAUUGAAAUAUGAAGUGGAUACAAGUGGAAUCUUCCAUAUCAAUCAAGAAAUCUUCAGAAUGUUUCCAAAGGAUAUGCCGUACUAUCGCUCCCAAUUUAAGAAAUGUGCUGUGGUUGGGAAUGGAGGGAUUCUCAAGAACAGCAGAUGUGGACGGGAGAUUGACAGUGCAGAUUUCGUAUUUCGAUGCAAUUUACCUCCUGUAUCUGAGAAAUAUAUAGUGGACGUUGGAGUAAAGACAGACGUCGUGACAGUCAAUCCCAGCAUUAUUACUGAAAGAUUCCAUAAGCUGCAGAAAUGGAGGAAACCUUUCUAUGAUGUGCUACAGGUUUAUGAAAAUGCCUCAGUGCUGCUGCCUGCUUUCUACAACACCCGCAACACAGAUGUCUCUAUCCGGGUCAAAUACGUCCUGGACGAUUUUCAAUCUCAGCAAGCUGUCUACUAUUUCCACCCUCAGUAUCUCAUCAACGUCUCGCGCUACUGGCUUGCUCAAGGGGUGCGUGCCAAGCGGAUUAGCACGGGAUUGAUUCUGGUGACUGCUGCCCUGGAGCUGUGUGAAGAGGUCCACCUUUUUGGCUUUUGGGCUUUCCCCAUGAACCCCUCAGGGAUUUUUAUAACUCACCAUUACUACGACAAUGUCAAACCUCGCCCUGGCUUCCAUGCAAUGCCCUCAGAAAUCUUCAACUUCCUCCACAUGCACAGCAAGGGGAUCCUGCGGGUUCAUACCGGGACUUGCAGCUGCUGUUGAUGAUGAUGAUGAUUUUUCCUCUGAUGUAAACGUGCAACAGGAACUCAGUUUAGUGCAGAAGAGUUUUAUUACAUCCUGAGAUUAUGCAAUAAUUAUUCGAUAUCGAUUUCUCAAAGCAUUGCGUCCAAUAGAAGCUGAGAUUCCAGCAUCCUUCCUGCUAGUUGGGGUAGGGUUAUGUGAUUUGGGUGAAGUGAAACUCGUCCAUCAUAGGAUAUGCACUGCCCUGAAAAUCAGACCAAGAAGCACAUUUCCAAUAGGUUUUAGAGAUAUACAGAGCACAUUAGUGUAGCUAUCAUUUCACUUUCAGGAAAAGCACCAAACUGAACCCAUUGGGUAAAGCGAAUUUUAGCAUAUACUGCAGAGCAUGAGAAAGGUGUUUUGACUCAUAGACAACUGGGGACAUUGCUGAUUUUAUUGAAACUGCUGUUCUCUUGCAUUAGGGUUUUACAAACAAAUUCUUUAAGCAUUAUUGUAGUUGUAAGGGGAGAGGUAUAAGCUGUGGUCUUUAUUGUGUAAUGAUGCAUAGCAUCGAUGAAACAUGUCUGUGUAAUAUCUCAUGGUCAGGUUAGCUCAUUGGUUAGAAACCAGGCAGGACAGAACAGGUGGUUAAACUGCAAUUCCCAGCAAAAUGUAACUGCAUCAAUCUUAUCAAAUCAUAGCUUCCUCUUCUUUGGUUUCCCACAUACCUCCUUGUGUCUUACCCGCCUCCCUCCCUUCCCCAAACAUGUUUUCUUCCUCAGAGCCUGAAAUACUUUCCGUCUAGCUUAAAAAAGCUAAUGGUGUGUGUUUGCUCCUGCAGUCACCAGCUCUGGACUUCUGACUGUUUCUUGGCAAAGCAAUAUAUUGGUCCCAUAGAAUUCUGCCAGGGCAUGUGAGUAGUUCUCUUGAAGCCCCUGAGACUAUUCUACAUGAAGUUUGCAGUACUGAUUUUUGGGUUCAUACAGCACCAACCAUAGGAGACGACAAGGCUCUUCUUGCAGAUUAUUUUUUUCGGAUUAUUUUGAUGAAGCAACAGAAUGAUGAGGUACUUCCCCCAUUGGGAAAGCUUUCUAGUUACUUAAUAUUUACAGCAGUUGGUGGAAGGUAAAUGCUGUUGGCUGGAGGGCUGGGAGGAGAUAGAAAUGAAGUUAAACAAUGGAGUCACUUCUCAUAGUUCGUGUGUGUUUAAUUUAAAGUUAUACAUUCAGAGACCUUAAGUGUAUGAAUUAGACAUUGUCUUCUGUUGGGGACACGGUUGUGAGUGUUACCCCAUUUUAGCACUAACCUACACUUAAAAGUUUUACCAUCAUAACUAUGUCAGUGAUGUCAGAGGGAAUUUUUUGCUCACAUAGUUAUGCUGGUAAAAGUCCUAGGUAGUUGCAGUUUUAUAAAAGGCGCCUUAUACUGGUACAGCUUAUUUCAGUUCCUGUACGGAAAUUUGUCUAUGAGUCAAAUCUCCUUCCUUUGAAGUUUUUAAGGCCAGGCUUGACUGAAAAACAAAGGUGUGAUUAAAGAGAGGUUAAAAGGCAUAGUAGAGAGACAACCCUUCCGUUUAUUGUUGCCAGUUCUGCUGAGGUCUGAUUCUUGAUCUGUUGAUGUCAAUGUUGAUGCCAAGUUAGUUUCAUACAUUGAGUUUCAUACGUUCAUGGAACUUGUCUAGUUUGGGGGACAGAUUAAUUUAGUUCCCGGGACUUACUUUAAUGGCCUGUAGUAGAGAGCUAAUACGGCAGAUUCCAGAGUUCUUAAUGACUUCAGGAUAUUCUGAUUCCUUAUCCCUAUUAGGGGUAGGCCAAGGAUGUGGAAGUUGGAUCCAGACAAGGAUUAUGUAGCCAUCUUUUUCAGAAACCAAAUUUGCCAAAUCUGACAAACUCUCUCCCUUCACUACCCUAUUCCAACACUAUUUCCUUCCCUUCUUUCUUCCCUCCCUCUUUCUGACCCUGAGAUCUUUCUUCUUCUGUUUGGCUUUAAUCCAUCAACCUCUCUCCCCCUAGCUAUUUAUAAUAUUUCUAUGAAUUUAGCAUCUAACCCUUCGUACCUCCUUUCAUUCCAGUCUCCCUUUCUAAAGGCCAAUUUGAAGUCAAACACAAACUUAUUGAUUCUAGUAGUAGCAGGCCUAAUUCUCUAUCUCCAUUGACAACUGCACUCUCCUUCUUAUUUUCCAGGCCCACAACCUUGGUGUUAUCUUAGACUCUUCUUUCUAUGUCUAUCCAGUCUCUCACCAAAUUGCCUAAAUUCGGCUUGCUGAAUAUCAACAAUAUCUGCUCUUUCUCCAACCCCACCAUUAAUAACGUACUUGCUGGUUCUCUCUCACCUUUAUUACUGGAACUUGCUCCUAUCUGGUCUCCCUGCUUCUCACCUCUCCUUUCCAGUCUUCUUUCUGUUUCCCCAUUCUGUCACAUCAGUCCUUUCCUUAAGACCCUCCAUUGGUCCCGUCUCUUACUGUGUCAAAUCAGUCCCCUACACAGCCCUGUGUGAUCUCACCCCAUUUAUAUCUCACACCUCUGCUUUCAUUUCUCUCCCUCCCUCAUCCUCUGCCGAUGCACUUCCCAAACUUUUCCCAUGGCAUCCUACAUCUUUAUAACGCUCUCACCUUCAUGCCCCAUUUACCUGAGACACUCUUGCUGUCCUCUCUCUCUUCCUUCAACCUCACCUCUUCAAACAAUACACUUUCUCAUCUUCCUCACCUGAAUUGUUGUCCAGUGUCUUGUCUUAUUUAGAUUUGAAGUCCUAGGUCAGUAGGUCAUCCAGUCCACCCCCUGCUCAAAGCAGGACCAACCCCAACUAAAUCAUCCCAGCCAGGGCUUUGUCAAGCCUACCUUAAAAACUUCAAAGGAAGGAGAUUUGACUCAUAGACCUUAAUUGGCAUGUAAAGAGCUGUGUACCUUUAUGGAGCUACAGGAGGAUCUGAUAUAAGGUUUUGCCUAGGGUUUGAGUCCGAAUCAGGGGCCUAGGGUUUUUAGUUUACAAUGUAGAGAUCUCAGAAGCUGUUCUUGCAAGACUUUGACUCUCUCCUUUGAAAUUUGGUUUCAGAGCUCCUUCCUAUCCCUAUGUCUAUCAAAAUUGCUUCCAUUAUAAACAAAACAUAAAGAAAACAAAUCUGAAAGGAAGAAAAGUACAGUUGUUUUAAUUAAAAAGUCAGUGUUUACCACAAGUGACCAGGAUGAUGUUUGGAGAUGCUACCAUACCUCCCUUUCCUUAGAACAGGAAAUACUGUGAUAUUUAAGAUUCUGCAGCCUGUUGACUGUGGAACAACCAUCACUGUAAUUGAUUAUAGCAUUUCAGAGCUCAUAGGGGAAAGCUCACAGGGGAAAAUACCGAGUGAAACAGAAGAGAUGCCGAUGCUUCAGGGUCCUGUAGUUUUGUUGUCAUACUGUAGGCAUAUUACAUUUGAGCAAGCAUUAAUUUGUAUUUAACAGACAUAAAAUACUAAGCACACAAUAUAUGAGCGGAUGAAUGUCUGAGUGAGUGGAAUGUUUUUCCUUGAUUUAAUAUGCAAAAGAGGUCUCCAACUUUGAUGUGUUGACUAAACUAAUGUAUGUAUAGGGUCUUGAUGGUAAAAGUGUGAUAUACAGAGCAAUUUAGACUACUGGCUAUGGCAUUUGAGAGGGAUUAGGAGGCCUGAGUUCUGUUCCCUUUGCUGAGUGACCUUAGACAAGCCAUUUUAACUUCUGGGCCUCAGUUUCUCCACCUGUGAAAUAGGGAUAAUAGUGGUCACCUACUGUUCACAAAAUACCCUGAGAGCCUCGGAUGAAAAGUAUGAUAUAAGAGUCAAUAUUUUUGUUAGAAUGGCAUAAUAUUUUUCAUCCCUAAAAUGUUCCACAAACACCAACUAGCUUAUCCUCACAACUCCCUGGUGAGGUAGCUAAGUAUUAACAUCCGCAUUUUAUGCUUGAGGAAACUGGGGCAGAGGUAAAUUAGGUGAAUUAUCACAAGGUGAGUCAUUGUCAAAGUUGAGAUUAGAACUGGUGCACAGUGUCUUGCCUAGAUCUCUAGACAACAUUGCCUUUUGCUAUGUGUUAAGCUUUAUAAUAAUAAGAAUGAUCCUGAAUCCCUGACUUAGCUUUGACUGGUUCUGCCUGAAUAUGGAUUGGGUAAUGAUGUCAGCAUUUGCCUCAAUAUUUCUUUGCUGCUCUUUUUGCUAUGGUUACUUUGUUUGCUGAGGAAAUUUCUUUGCUUUAUUGGUUGACGUGAACAACAGUGACUGAAAGGAGGCUGAUGUAUUGUUUGUGACAGAUACUUAUAACAAGGGAAGACUUGGAAAAGCAUCUGUAAGUGGGGAGAAAAUGGUGCAAAUCUGCCUUUUCAUUAUAAGAAAGUGUGUCAAUUUUUAGGACAGGAAAGAGGAUAAUAGAAAACACAACUACAUGGUAACAGGCCUUUCCUUUUCUUUGUUUGCUUUACAUAACUGAUUGAUGUACCUCAACCGGGGUUACACUGUAAUAGGUGCAGUUUUACUGUCUUUAGAAUUUGCUUAUGAUUCUAUAAUUACUCUAUUUUUUUAACAAUUUAAAAAUGUAUAUGCAAGAUACUUACACAUCUGCACCAAAGGCCCAGUCCUGCAAUGUUUAUCCAGAUGAAAUUCCCAUGGAAGUAAAUGGGAGUUUUGUUUGUGUAGGCACUGCAGAAACAGUCCCCAAACAUGUGUAGGAAGAUUUUCAUUAUAGUGUACAUAGCUGUAUAGAAUUAGAUAUAUACAGUCAUACACAAACUAUGUAGAUCUAGAAAAACCCAUUUCAUAUAUGACUAGCCUAUGAAAUAACAUGUAUGCUAUUUCCUGGAGAGUUUAUGUUUACCUGCCUGGUAUGUUUUGCAGAGUGUUGCUCAAAAGUUGACUUGUGAAAAGUGAAUGCAGGUUUGAAAAUGCCCUAAGUAGAAACUUUAGUCCAGUUCUCACCUUGGGCCCCGAUUCUGCAUUAGGCUCCAUAAAGUCAGAUGCCUGUGUCCCCACAAUGACUUCAGUGGGGCUCUGCACAGUUGCAGGGGUCUAGCUUCAUGGAGCAGCUUUCAGGAUGGGGGUGUGAGACCACGGAAUGCUGAUCCAUUCUUUCCAGAAUGCAAAUAAAUAUAACGGAGGGGUACAACACUCCUCAUAUGCACAGUGAUCAUUACCUGUAAAAUGUUACUGUAGAAUGAGAUGCACAGUGGUCAGUGCCAAAGUUUAUGGCAUAGGCACCCUGCCUGAUGCCGCAGAUUAAUCAAAGGGAGGAAAAGAAGGAUUUUAGGGAGAGCUCCACCAUCCUUUUUUAAUACGAUCAUUUCUUAUCCCGUUCAAGUACUGUUAAGCUUAAGAAAAUACCUCCUUGAAAUCAGGAAGCUCGUCGAAUUGGAUGGUAUUUUGCUUCCCUUCCCCUUCAUUCAAACACUGAAUGGUAAAUGACUGCCUAGGAAGGAGUACUGUGGAAAGGGAUGUGGGGAUCAUAGUGGAUCACAAGCUAAAUAUGAGUCAACGGUGUAACACUGUUGCAAAAAAAGCAAACAUCAUUCUGGGAUGUAUUAGCAGGAGUGUUGUAAGCAAGACAUGAGAAGUAUUUUUUCCGCUCUGCACUGAUUAGGCCUCAACUGGAGUAUUGUGUCCAGUUCUGGGUGCCACAUUUCAGGAAAGAUGUGGUCAAAUUGGAGAAAGUCCAGAGAAGAGCAACAAAAAUGAUUAAAGUUCUAGAAAACAUGACCUAUGAGGGAAGAUUGAAAAAAUUCGGUUUGGUUAGUGUGGAGAAAAGAAGACUGAGGGGGGACAUGAUUACGGUUUUCAAGUUCGUAAAAGGUUGUUACAAGGAGGAGGGAGAAGAAUUGCUCUUAACCUCUGAGGAUAGGACAAGAAGCAAUGGGCUUAAAUUGCAGCAAGGACGGUUUAGGUUGGACAUUAGGAAAAACUUCCUAACUGUCAGGGUGGUUAAGCACUGGAAUAAAUUGCCUAGGGAGGUUAUGGAAUCUCCAUCACUGGAGAUUUUUAAGAGUAGGUUAGACCAGUGGUUCUCAAAGCCGGUCGCUGCUUGUUCAGGGAAACCCCCUGGCGGACCGGACCAGUUUGUUUACUUGCCGCGUCUGGAGGUUCGGCUGAUCGCGGCUCCCACUGGCCACAGUUCGCCACUCUGGGCCAGUGGGGGCUGCAGGAAGGGUGGCCAGCGUGUCCCUUGGCCCGCGCCGCUUCCUGCAGCACCCAUUGGCCUGGAGCGGUGAACCGUGGCCAGUGGGAGCCGCGAUCGGCCGAACCUCCAGACGCGGCAGGUAAACAAACUGGUCCGGCCUGCCAGGGGCUUUCCCUGAACAAGUGGUGGACCAGCUUUGAGAACCACUGGGUUAGACAAACACCUGUCAGGAAUGGUCUAGAUCAGGGGUCAGCAACCUAUGGCACACAUGCCAAAGGCGGCACGCGAGAUGAUUUUGAGUGGCACUCACACUGCCCGGGUCCCGGCCACUGGUCCCGGGGGCUCUGCUGCCGGCCUGGCGUCCUACCGCUGGCCCCCUGCCACCUGGGGUCCUGUCCACUGGCCCCUGCUCAGCCCGCUGCUGGCCCCAGGUCCCAGCCACCGAUCCCGGGCGCUCUGCUUCCAUCCUGGCGUCCUGGCCACUGGCCCGGGGCUCUGAAGCCGCCUGGGGCAGUGAGGGGUGCAGACAGGGGCAAGAGAGGGCGCAACUCAGCACCCCCACUUUAAAAAUUUAAAAAUUGUUCCCGUGCCACCGUACUGGGAUAUUUUAAAGUCCUGAUUUGCUGCUUACAUCACUAUAACGUCACGUGGAACAGUACAUUGUAUUUAACGUUGUGCAUGCCAUCUGUUGCGAUUUUUCCCCCCACUGUAAGUUGAGGGGUACAUUUGACAAAAUGUCAGCUCCUAAGAAAGCAAAGUUAAAUGUUCGUUCAUUUCACUUCACAGCAACAUUUGGUGUCUAAGUCAUGGCAAAGUUUUGGUGCACUUUGUAAACUGUUUUGAUGCAGUCAAGGCCUUUUUAUUAGAAAAAGGACAAAACUACACCAAACUGGGUGAUGACAAAUGGCUGAGUAAGCUCAUGUUUCUAACUGACAUCACCACUCAUGUAAACAAACUCAACCUCUAUCUCCAGGGCUCAGGGCAAACGGUUCUGGAUCUUUAUGAAACCUGGAAGGCAUUUGUUGUAAAACUACCCUUUUAUUCUCGGGAUAUUUGAAUUUCGACUUUCUGCUACUUCCAACACGUGAGCUAUCUGCAUGUUGCACUGUCAGUGUCGAUGAGAUUGGAAUGUACAUGCAAGAACUGGAAUCAGAAUUUCCUGACAGAUUUCAAGAUUUCCAGCGAUUUGGCCCAAUGCGUUCUUUUCUAAUUAAACCUGAAAAGUUCAAUGAAAGCAACUUGGAUUUGUCUGUAUUUCAGUGGAUGGGUGUUGAAGAUUUCGAAAUGCAGCUCAUUCAGUUAAAAAGCUCAGAAUUGUGGGCAUCAAAGUUUGGAGUGCUGCGGAGUGCACUUAAAGCUACCGAGAGAGAUCAUGGGGCCUCUAUUCUGACCUGCUGGACAUCCCUGCCAGCAAAAUUUAACUGUUUGAAGAAACUUGCAUUUGCAAUACUUUCAGCAUUUAGAUCCACAUGCCUCUGUGAAUAGGUAUUUUCACACAUGAAAUCUGUCCUCUGUCCUUCUUGGAGCCAGUUAACAGCUGAUCACUCAGAAGCCUGUGUGCAGCUUCAAUUAUCCAAAUGUGUGCCAGACAUUGGAAAACAGCAAGGAAAAGCAAGGGCAAGGAUCACACUAAACUGAUAAGAUCCGCAUUUUAAUUUAAUUUUAAAUGAAUCUUUUUAAACAUUUUAAAAACCUUAUUUACUUUACAUACAACAAUAGUUUAGUUAUAUAUUAUAGAGAGAGACCGUCUAAAAACGUUAAAAUGUAUUACUGGCACCGCAACCUUAAAUUAGAGUGAAUAAAUGAAGACUUGGCACACCACUUCUGAAAGGUUGCCGACUCCUGGUCUAGAUAAUACUUAGUCCUGCCAUGAGUGCAGGGGACUGGACUAGAUGACCUUGCGAGGUGCCUUCCAGUCCUAUGAUUCUAUGAAUAUCCAGUGUUAACGCAGCUCCUUUUUAAAAGGCCUUCUAAAAAGGGUACAUCUGGGUGCUAAUAAGUGUCUGUCAAUGCUCCUUUAAGGAAACAAGGGGAUGGUUUGCUGCUCACAUAUACACCAGCCAAAUGAGGAGCUGACGAGGAUCCUGUUCCAUUUCUGAAUGCUGAGAUUUCAGACAGGAAAGGCUGCAGGCCUUUGGCACCAAAUCGCUGAUCUGCCAAAGCAGGGACUUGUUCAGCUCUUCAGCUUCACUUUUGGAGGUUAAAAUUUAAUUUCAGGCAUAUUGCUGAGAACGUGAAAAGUUGAGACAGGGAUGGAGUGGGGGGGAUAAUAUUAGGAGUUAAUCCCUGGAUACUGAUAUUAUCCUCAGGAGACUCAGAGAGAAGCUGUAUUAGAUGAACCUCAAAACAUGAUAUGAAGUGAUAAUAGUAUGUGGGGAAUGCAGGCUCACAUAGGGUAGCAAUGUAUACUAUAUAGGGAGGGAAGAGGGGAUGAGACUGCUCCGUGUUUAGUGACUGGUCCAUGAAGAGGUUUAUGAAUCUGCUACUGCUUCCAGCUAAGGGAGUUAGUCUUUUAGCAUAAGUAGUACAGCCUCUUGCUUUUAGCUCUACAGAGCCCAUGUUCAACCCCUGGGCUUGGUCCCAGCAGGUUGAGUGGUAUUAGGUCAAUUACAUAGUACAGCACAACUGUGGUGGUUCUCCUGGGGUAGGGAAAAGUCCGGUCACAGGCUGCACAGGGAGACACUAAGGCUAUGUCCACACGUGGCCGCGUGCCUCCCAGCCUGGUUCAACAGACUAGGGUUAGUGGGGCUUGUGCUAGCACUCUAAAAAUAGCUGUGUAGAAGUAGACAGCAAUUUGAAGGGUGGCUCAGGCUGGAGCUAUGGCUCUGAAGCCCACCCGCCUCCCUGGGCUUCAGAGCCUGAGCUCCAGCUUGAGCCGCAAUGUCUACAUUGCUAUUCUUAGUGUGGGAGGCUCCCUGCCACAGGCUGUGUAGACAUAUACCCUAACCGCCCUGUGUGCCACGGAGCAGUGCUUGGAGGGUCUCCAGGACUGUCCCUAGGAGCGGUCUGGUCAUGCCAAGUAGGUCUAUGACAUCCCCCAACCAACUGGCUAUCAAAGCCACAUGGGGAAGAGUGUAAUAGGCAGGAGCCACGACUAUGCUGCCGAGGCUGUAUUACUGUAGAAUUACAUUUUGGAGGCUGUAGUAAUAGCUACAUAGUUGCUGCACAAUUCAUUCUGGAGGCAGGGUGGCAGGAGUCAUUUCCCCACAGCCUCAUAUAGCUAGCCCCCAGUGAGGCUUGGUGGAAGAAAGGGGUAAUUCACCCGAGGUGACUUGAUGAAGUAAGAGAGGGCCGCAAAAAUCAACAUUGUUCCAUGAAUGUUUUACACUGACUGGAUGGUUCAUUAAAUCAACAGGAACAUUGACAUGAGAGUGACCAGGCUGGUUAAUAAUACAAGAGCUAUCGCUGACAGAGCCAUAUUUCAAGCAUUAGAUUUUUAUACCGUAAUACGUAAUGCACUCAUUUCUGCUAGAAUGGCUUCUUUGCAUAAGGAGGAGCGGGUCCUGAAUGAAUGGUGCUGGGGCAAGUGACUGGAGGCUUUCCUCCUCCUGUGACCCUUUGAGGCUCUGAUAUUUGCCGUCAGA